AUGGGGACACUGAUGAGGAGCGGCUUGGCUGCAGGGUUGUUACGGAACCAAGUGGCUAUCGUCACUGGCGGCGGUACAGGCAUUGGCAAGGCUAUAGCCACAGAACUUCUGUACCUAGGGUGUAAUGUAGUUAUUGCCUCCCGUACAUUUGAUAGAUUAAAAUCUGCAGCAGAAGAAUUGAAUGCUGCCCGCUUGCCCUCCAACCCAGCCAUUGUUACUCCUAUCCAGUGCAAUAUUCGAAAAGAAGAAGAGGUUACCAGUUUGGUUAAAUCUACUGUAGAUCACCAUGGCAAGAUCAAUUUCCUGGUGAACAAUGCAGGAGGCCAAUUCUUUUCUGCUACCGAAUCCAUCAGUACAAAGGGAUGGAAUGCUGUGGUUGAAACCAACCUGACUGGUACCUUUUACUUUCUCAAAGCAGUUUACAAGUCCUGGAUGAAGGAACAUGGAGGGUCUAUUGUGAAUAUCAUUGCUCCAAUAAGACAUGGAUUUCCUAGAUCUGCGCAUAGUGGAGCAGCAAGAGCAGGUGUUGAAAAUAUGAGCAAAAGUUUGGCAAUGGAAUGGGCCUGCAAUGGAGUAAGAGUCAAUUGUGUCUCUCCUGGAAUAAUUUAUUCUUCAACAGCCUUUGAUAACUAUAUGGGCUCUGCAAAGGAUGUGGUGGAAGGAUACUUUCAAUGCUGUGCAGCUAAGAGAUCUGGUGUUCCUGAGGAGGUCUCUUCUGUUGUGUGUUUCUUGUUAUCUCCUGCAGCCUCAUAUAUUACAGGACAAACAAUAGAUGUGGAUGGUGGCCUUGAAUUAUAUUCCCAAACAUGGGACAUACCAGAUCAUGAUAAUUGGCCCGAUGGACCAUGGGACCUGUCCACAAUCAAAAGACUGAAAGCUUCUCAUGAGGCUAAAAAGGAAGUCUAA